UCUCAAGCCAACAAUCUUAAAUUUUAUUUAAAUAUAAAUUUACAUAAAUAACCACAAUUGUGGAGACUUCACCACCGUAUGAAGCACAAUUUUCUCCUCUUAUUUAUCACUUGAUAAUGAUAAUUUUUGUUGGCAACACUGCCCGUCAAAAUUCGUAUUUGUGGCUGCUGAUUCAGGUUUUUAUGGGAAUUCCGCUCGCUUCUGAUGCAAUACUAACGUUUUUCUGUUUGAUAGAUAAGACUUAACUCGUUUGUAGGUUAGGUCAAGAUGUCAAAGCGUGUGCAACCCCCAUGGUCACCUCCGGAGGCCACUUCCGGUCCGGUUCUGAAAGUGUUUAACAGUUUGACGCGUCAAAAGGAAGUGUUCAGGCCGAUUUCCGGCAAAAAAGUCACUUGGUAUAGUUGCGGGCCUACUGUUUAUGACGCCUCACACAUGGGGCAUGCCAGGUCGUACAUAACUUUUGAUAUUUUGAGACGGGUUCUUGCCGAUUAUUUCGGUUAUGAUAUAUUUUUUGUGAUGAAUAUCACCGAUAUUGAUGACAAAAUUAUUAAAAGGGCGCGUCAGAAUUACUUGUUUGAGAGGUACAUUGGCGAGGAGAGGUCAUUACAGGCCGUUUUAAACGAUGCUAAACUGGUUUUAGAAAAAUUAUCAGAGACCACACAAAACACCAUUGAUCUUGACAAGAAGCAGAUGUAUGAAAAACUUCUAGUAAAUCUCACAAAAUCGGUUGAAGAAUUAGAAAAUGCAGUUAAAAGUGGUGAUAAUACAAAAAUUGAAGAAGCAAAGAAAAAUUACGUAAUGAGAAGUAAAGACCCCCUGUCUGAUUGGUUGGAUUGUAAGUUUGGGGCCACGAUUACAGAUAAUGCGAUUUUUACCUCACUGCCUCAACACUGGGAACAAGAAUUUCACAAAGACAUGGAAGCUUUAAAUAUUCUCAAACCCCACGUGCUUACCCGCGUCAGCGAGUACAUCCCCGAGAUCGUCGCUUACAUCUCAAAAAUCAUCUCCAACGGUUUCGGUUACGAAGCCAACGGUUCGGUUUAUUUCGACGUUGCCGCUUUCGACAAACAACCGAAUCACUACUACGCCAAACUAGUCCCUGAAGCUUACGGCGACACCAACAGUCUCCAAGAGGGCGAAGGCGACCUCACUACAGCCGACCAACGUAACGAAAAACAUUCCCCUAACGAUUUCGCUCUCUGGAAACGAAGCAAGCCGGGCGAACCCGCGUGGGAUUCCCCCUGGGGCAAAGGCCGGCCUGGAUGGCACAUCGAAUGCUCGGCGAUGGCCUCCACGAUUUUCGGCGACACUCUCGACAUACACACUGGAGGAGUCGAUUUGAAAUUCCCACAUCACGAUAACGAAAUCGCUCAAAGUGAGGCCCAUUUUGGGGCCUCCGAAUGGGUCAAGUAUUUUUUGCAUUCGGGGCAUUUGACCAUUGCCGGGUGCAAAAUGUCGAAAAGUUUGAAGAAUUUUGUUAGUAUACAAGACGCCUUGGCGAAAUAUACGGCGAGACAGUUGAGGUUUGCGUUUUUGUUGCAUGCGUGGAGGGAUACGUUGGAUUAUAGUCAGAAUACCAUGGAGGUGGCGCUGCAAUACGAAAAAAAUUUCAAUGAAUUUUUCUUAAAUGUCAAAGACUUGACCAGGAAUUUUUUGAAAAAACCGACUCUAGUAGGACAUUAUGUUAAGUGGGAGGGGCAAGAAAUGGAACUAAAUGGACAGUUUUUGCGAACAAAGGACAAUGUACAUGCUGCUUUGUGUGAUAACAUUGAUACGAGGACCAGUUUAGAAUCGUUGAGGGAUUUAGUGACUGCCAGUAAUUUAUACAUAAGAGAUAAAAAUUCCCCAAACUGUCUUUUGUUACACGAUAUUGCUGUUUAUAUUACGAAAAUGUUGUCGAUUUUUGGUGCAAUUUCUGAGUCUAGUAAAAUAGGAUUUCCAGUUUCAAGCGGUAACGAAAGUAACAGUGAGGACAAAAUACUUCCCUACUUGGAAAUUUUGGCCGCCUUCCGCGACAAAAUUCGCACAUUCGCCCGAUCUCUCAAAGCCACCGAAAUCCUCCAAGAGUGCGACCGACUCCGCGAUGAGACUCUUCCAAACGUGGGCGUCCGUUUAGAAGACCGCGAAGGAGCCCCCAGUGCCGUUAAAAUCGUCGGUCGCGACAUCCUCCUUAAAGAGAAAGAAACAAAAAAAAUGCAAGAAUUGGAAAAAGCGAAAGAAAAAGAACGGAAAAAAGCCGAGUUAGCAGCAGCACAGGCAGCAAAAGAAGCCCAAAAAAAGAUACCACCGAGUGAAAUGUUCAAAUUGGAGACGGAUAAAUAUUCGAAAUUUGACGAAAACGGGCUUCCCACGCAUGAUGCCCAAGGAAAGGAGAUUAGUAAAGGCCAGUUGAAGAAGUUGCAGAAGUUGCAGCAAGCCCAGGAGAAGAAACAUCAAGAGUAUUUGGCUACUCUAAGUUAAUUUAAUCUUUAUUAGUGUAAUUUAAGUAUUUUGAUAUUUAUUACUGCAACUAAAAAAAUUAAAUGUUGGAUUUAAUAAAAUAA